AUGAAGAUGUUGAUGAUGACUCGGAUGAUGACGGUGAUGAUACGGAUGACGACGAUGUAUUCGGAUGAUGAUGCUGAUGAUUCGGAUGAUGAUGAUGAUUCCGAUGAUGAUGAUGAUUCGGAUGAUGAUGAUGCGGAUGAUGAUGAUGAUUCGGAUGAUGAUGAUGAUGAUGAUGAUGAAUCGGAUGAUGAUGAUGAUGGUUCGGAUGAUGAUGAUGAUGAUUCGAAUGAUAAAGAUGGUGAUUCGGAUGAUUCGGUUGAUGAUUCGGAUGAUGAUUCGGAUGAUGAUGAUGAUUCGUAUGGUGAUUCCGAUGAUGAUGAACCGGAUGAUGAUGAUGAAGAUUCGGAUGAUGAUUCGGAUGACGACGAUGAUGAUGAUGAUGAUUGGGAUGCUUAUGAUGCGAAUGAUGAUGAUGAUUAUCGGAUGAUGAUGAUGAUGAUUCGGAUGAUGAUGAUGAUGAUUCGGAUGCAGAUGAUGAUGAUUCGGAUGAUGAUGAGGAUAAUGAUGAUGAUGAUGUUUCGAAUGACGCUUCGGAUGAUGCUGGGUAUUGUUCACCGAGUCCUUAGGCGCAAUUCAAAUUUCGUCCUACGUUAUAUCCGUUAUCGUUCCCAUAAAAAUUCGGAUGAUAAUUCGGGUGAUGAUGAUGAUUCGGGUGAUGAUGAUUCGGAUGAUGAUGAUGAUGAUUCGGAUGAUGGUGAUGAUGAUUCGGAUGAUGAUGAUUCGGAAGAUGAUUCGGAUGAUGAUGAACCGGGAGAUGAUGAUGAUGAUUCGGAUGAUGAUGCGGAUGAUGAUGAUGAUGAUGAUGAUGAUGAUUCGGAUGAUGAUGAUGAUCACUCCGAUGAAGAUGAUGAUGAUUCGGUUGAUGAUGAUGAUUACGAUGAUCUUGUUGAUGAUGAUUAUGACUCGGAUGACGAUGAUGACGAUUCGGAUGAUGAUGAUGAUGAUUCGGAUGAUGAUGAUGAUUAA